UUAGCUAUUCACACGUCGUAGUUUGGCGGGUGGUUCAGUUACUACAAUGAACAGCGAUCGAAUAAAAAAAAUGAGAUUACCAAUGGAAAUCAAGCAAUUGGAAUUAUCAUUUAAGGAUCAUGGAAUAAAGUGUUCAACUUUGCAACAAACUCCUGAUAAUUACGACAACAUGGAAGUUGUAAUGCCUGGCCCGAAAGGCUCACCGUAUGAGGAUGGUAUUUUCAGAAUAUCAGUUAAUUGCGGUGAUCAGUAUCCAUUUCGACCUCCUACAUUUAAAUUUGUCACUCCAGUUUUUCACCCGAAUAUUGACAGUUCAGGGAAAAUAUGUUUGGAUCUCUUAAGGAUGCCACCAACUGGUACAUACAAUCCCGCUAUAACCCUAGAAUCUAUUUUAUUAUCUAUUCAGCUCCUGCUAGCGAAUCCUAACCCAGACGACCCCCUUCAAGGAGACGCUGCGGAUUUAUACAAAAGUAACAACAAUCUAUUUAAUAAGAAAGCAAGGGAAACCGUACUUAAAUAUUGUAAGAAUGUGAAAAUUUGCGAAAAUGAUGUAAGCAGCGAUACUUCUACCGACUUUCAUAAAGAGGGAACCUCAUCCAAAGAUGAUAAGGGACCAAAGCGUCUAAAACUAAGCUGCCUAAAGUAAAAAAAAAAAACAAAAUGGCAAUAUAACCAAAAUUCCUUAAAUUUAGAUGCUUCAAAUUUUCCAAUUCUUCGAGGUAACCUUCAACAUUUAGUCUUUCGUUUGCAAGCUAUUUAAUUGGCUUAAAUGAGAACUUUCAUAAAUAUUGACUAAUUCUCUAAGUGUUCCUUGAAGUAAGUCACACGGUUUGUUUGGAACGCAUUUAAUCUUUCAAUAAAACUGGUGCACAAAACUAAAA